GAACGCGGAAAUGUACAAAGUAUCGUUCGUACCGCAUGCGUGUAUAUUGUUCGUUCGGCGGAAGGAACUUAUUGCUUAUAUGUAUAAUUGCGGAAUCGGUUUUUGUCGGGCAGCCGUAGAGAUACGAUUCGCUCGCGUUUUGCACUCGCAUACCUCUCGUUUCGUUUUCGUGUUUAGAAAGGACACGAUUAAAUGUUCGAGUUAUCGGGAAUCGCGAUAAAAAAGUACAGAGACGUUGCGAUAGAGAGGAAAAUAUUUUGAUCCGUCGGUUGUUGUCGCGACCGAUUACAAAAAAUAUGCGAGUUCGAUCGCACGCGAAGGGGGGCAGGAGGAUAAGUCUUUUUUCGCGGUCGCGUGUUCGGCGAUAGCCGGUUCGAUGCGAAUUUUCACGAUAGACGGUGCGUCGAUUGCGUAAUAGCAAAGGUUAUCGAUUUAAAGUAUUCCACGAGCAUACGACGCGACGCGGCGCAACGGGAUGGUACGAAGACGACUCGCGUAAUCUGGUCGGAUUUCUUUUUACUCUUCCUCUCCGCCGUGUCCUGCUUGCUCGCUUUCCUCGUUCUCCGCGCAGCCCUUCUACGCUCCUGGCUUCGAUAGUGGACGCGAAUAAGUAAGCCAGUGGUUCUUCCUCGGUAAUUUCCUAGCAUGAAAAUAGCAUCGAUGCGUUAUGCACUUAACACCGAUCGAAUAUAAACUGCCCCGAGGGUUUAUUCCCUUUUGCGCCAAAUCAAUUGUCGCGUAAUUGAGUUUAAUAAAUCGAGAACGCGUCGUUUCAACUACGCAAAAGGCGCGUGCGCUUCGAAUCGCGAGCAAACACCUGUUUUAAUAGCGUCACGCGAGCGUGAUAGCGCGAUCGAUUUCGUCGAAGAAAGAAUAACGAUUUCGAGGAAUUAUAGGAAGAACGCUCGAAAAGGGAAGGAAUUCGCCGUACAGGAUACCGUAGGAGCGGGAACAGAGGAGAAACGAGAGGCAAACUCUAACGGUUGAAAGCGUCGUUGAUUCUCCGUUCGAAAGAAUCUUUAUGCGUUCGCGUAAUACGUUCAUUCGGUUCCGUCCUCCUCUCCGUUGCGCCUUGUCGCGUCGCGCAACUUCGAGAACUCGGUAAUCGCUCGCCGAAUAGGGUGGUCUUUCACGAGCCUGCUAGGAAAAUACCGGUAACCGUAAUUCCAUCGUCGCGUCUCGUUCCCGGAAGAAUCUAAAUUAUUUUUUCGUCGCAUAAUGAAUAUCAUUCACAAGCGUAUCAACUACGAUAUUCUUCGCGCAUCCACUUUCGAUACGAUUACGUCCAAUUAAGUCCUUCGUUACUUAUAUAACCGUAUUCGGAUUUGACAUCGCGAAGCGCGCUUUGAAAAAAGAAUUCUUACUAGGAAGAGGACAAACGAAUUAUCGGCGGGAAAGAAAAGGGAAGAAAUAGAGGAAUCGGCGACGGAGGAACCGCGACGAAUGCGUCGAAGAGCGGAAAGGAGGAGGAGAAGGAGGAGGAGACGUCGACGAUAAAGAAGAAGAGGAAGAAGGGGCGUUCGGUUUCGCGGGAAAAGAAUUUAAGCGGCGAUGGAACGAGCGCGAAUGUGGUGAAACGAGAUAGCGUGUAUGGAACAUUACACACGUGACCAUAGUUUGAUCAAGCAGAGGUCAAGGGUGAAUUGCCUCAGAUUUAUAAGUUAAGUCGGCCGCAUGGGACUAGUCAGUCGGUGUUGCGUAUUCGAUACCCGUCGGAUUAUAUCGACAUACAGGACAGAUGUCGGCCAAAACGAUCGCACUGCCGCAACGGCAAACUAUUCUGGACCCAUCGGACAAGCAUCGGCCGGAGCCGAUUUACGCGGGGAAAUUGCAGAGCGAGUUUCGCAAUUAUUCCGAGGAUCCGACGGAUCCGGUGAAGGAACGCGUUCGUAGAACCUAUCAGAAGAUGCACGCCAACCAAACGGUCGAAUUCGUCAGGUCCCGUAUGAAGAAAUGGCUACGAUUCGACAAAUUGAAAAUGACGAUAAAGGACGCUCUGAUCAAGUUAAAUAAUUUGGUGGACGAGAGCGAUCCGGACACCGACUUGCCGAAUAUCGUGCACGCCUUCCAAACCGCGGAGUCUAUCAGAAAGGAGCAUCCCGAUUUGGAUUGGUUCCACUUGACCGGUUUGAUUCACGAUUUAGGCAAGGUAAUGGCGUUCUUCGACGAACCGCAAUGGGCCGUGGUAGGCGAUACGUUUCCCGUCGGAUGCGCCUGGGCCGAUUCGAUCGUCUACAGAGAAAGCAGCUUCGAGGACAAUCCGGACGGCAAGGACUCUCGAUACAACACCAAAUACGGCAUGUAUCAGCCAAAGUGCGGCAUCGACAACCUUCUAAUGUCCUGGGGUCACGACGAGUAUUUGUAUCAAGUGUUGGUACACAAUAACACGAAACUACCGAAGGAAGCGUUGGCUAUGAUUCGUUAUCACUCUUUCUACCCGUGGCACGCUGGCGGCGACUAUAUGCAUUUUUGUACCGACGAGGAUGUACAGAUGCUAAAGUGGAUCCAUCAAUUCAACAAACACGAUCUGUAUACGAAAAGUAGCGAGGUACCGGACAUCGAGAAACUCUGGCCGUACUACGAGUCGCUGAUCGAGAAGUACAUCCCCGGCGUGUUGGAGUGGUAAAAUCCAGCAAGCGGACCGGAUCGGAGUGUGAAUCCGCCGAGACUCGAUCCGACUAUUCUUACUUGGAGCUCGUUACUUGGAGCUGGGAAUCGUUGGAAAAACCGGGGGUUUCUUAGCGUUCAACCAGUCGGAGAAUCUGAAAACGGGGCACGUUACGAAAGAAACGGAAACGAAGCGAAACGGUAGAACGGACGACAGGUGGUGACUCGGUGAAAACGUUAACAACGUAGUCGAGGGCGAAUGAGUAACGGGGAAUAAGGAUGUCGCGUUCGGUCGGAAACUUGACUCAUCGAGUGAUCGCUCGACAAACUGGAAUCGUUUAAAAUUCAAACGGUCGCACGCGAUCCGCGUUUUUCUUUUCCCUCGUUGUUGGUCCUAAUCUUCCGACGCGAAUUUCCGAUGCCUAACGUUUUCGCUAGAUUUGCCCAAGAGAUUUCGCGACGUUUUCGUUUCUCGCUUCUCUAACUAAUUUCCGAUUGACCGAUCGAGUUUGUUAGAAACGAGACUUUCCCGAAUGCUCGUCGCGGAGUCGCCAAUAAAUCGUUGUCACUAGUUUUUGCUUACGAAUAAAGAAUUUAUUUCUGAUACAA